CUGAAAACAGGGCAGGGUUUGAUUCCCUAAUGCAGUUUGGUUGAAUGGGAGGUUUGGAGAAAAUCUUUCAUCCCCCUCCUGACUGCUGUUUCUGGUGUCUGCAGCAUCUGUGAAACAAAGAAAGAAAGAAAUGUGCUCAAGGGAGAGACGAGCUCCGAUUCAACGUCAGUGAUGCCAAAACUGAAGUCAUAGUAAAAAUGGUCACAUGAUUUUCUGCCAGUUCUUUCUUUAUUCCUCUUCCAAGUGGGCGGGAGUGGGGGCUCGUCUGCCCCUCCCUCACUAUCCCCGCCCCUCUACCGCAGGAAGCGAUAAAUGGACCGGCACAGACAGCAACCCCCCCCAAAAGAGUGAGUCCUACAGCAGGGAAGGAACAGAGGCGUUGGCAGAUCCCGCGAAGCGUAGGAAGAUCAUUUGCAGAAAGACUUCAAGGAUUCUCAUCGGGAGGAAGCGGGCUGAACCGAACGAACGGAGCCAGCUUGUGUUGGGUUCUGACGGGGCGCGGAGUCGGAAGCUGACGCCGGGUACCAUGGAGAGCAAAAAGAAGGUAACAGGCUCUCUUGUAUUUGCCGUGACCGUUGCUGUGAUUGCAUCCCUCCAAUAUGGAUACAACAUAGGCGUCAUCAACGCUCCUGAGGAGAUUAUCAAGGGUUUCAUCAAUGAAACAUGGAUCCAGCGGACAGACAACCAUAUCCCUGGGAAUCUUCUAACCAUACUGUGGUCUCUCUCUGUGUCAAUUUUCUCAGUGGGAGGGAUGGUCGGCUCCUUUUCCGUUGGACUUUUUGUCAACCGAUUUGGCAGGCGAAACUCUAUGCUCCUAGUGAACGUUCUCGCCAUUUUAGGUGGUGCCUUGAUGGGCUUCUCCAAACUGGCAAAAGCUGUGGAGAUGUUGAUUAUUGGCCGUUUUGUCAUUGGCCUCUUCUGUGGCCUCUGCACUGGAUUUGUGCCCAUGUAUAUCAGCGAAGUCUCCCCCACUGCACUGCGAGGGGCUUUCGGCACCCUGAACCAGCUGGGCAUUGUCGUGGGCAUCCUGGUGGCACAGAUCUUUGGUCUAGAGGUCAUCAUGGGAACCGAGACCCUUUGGCCCCUGUUAUUGGGAUUCACCAUUAUCCCAUCCAUCUUGCAGUGUGCCACACUGCCAUUUUGUCCUGAGAGUCCACGUUUCUUACUGAUCAACAAAAUGGAGGAGGACAAAGCAAGAGCAGUUCUGCAGAAGCUUCGUGGCAUCCAGGAUGUGUCUAGUGAUAUUCAGGAGAUGAAAGAGGAGAGUGCCAAGAUGUCCCAGGAGAAAAAGGUCACCAUUCCUGAGCUUUUCCGCUCCCCCAGCUACCGCCAAGCCAUCAUCAUUGCCAUUGCGCUCCAGCUCUCCCAGCAGCUUUCGGGCAUCAAUGCGGUGUUCUAUUAUUCCACUGGAAUCUUCAAAGAUGCUGGAGUGAAGCAGCCCGUGUAUGCUACCAUUGGUGCUGGCGUGGUCAAUACCAUCUUUACAGUUGUAUCACUUUUCCUUGUGGAGCGUGCAGGUCGGAGGACACUCCAUUUAAUUGGCUUAGGAGGGAUGGCAAUCUGUGGAGCCCUCAUGACUGUUGCCUUGGUAUUGAAGGAUGCUGUGAGCUGGAUGAACUACAUCAGCAUCAUUGCUACCCUUGCCUUUGUGGCCCUCUUUGAAAUUGGCCCUGGCCCGAUCCCAUGGUUCAUCGUAUCUGAGCUCUUCAGCCAGGGCCCUCGUCCUGCAGCGGUGGCAGUGGCCGGUUGCUCAAACUGGACAUCCAAUUUCCUGGUGGCCAUGCUCUUUCCCUAUGCAGUGCAAGGGCUUAAGCAGUAUGUUUUCCUUAUCUUCGUUUUCUUCCUCAUCUUCUUCUUCAUCUUCACCUUCUUUAAAGUCCCGGAAACAAAAGGUCGGACAUUUGAAGACAUUUCCAGUGGCUUUGAAAGGCGAAGAGAGGAUGGAUUGGCCUUACCAACUGUGGAAAAGAACUCGGUGGAACUGACUAGCAUACAGCCUGUUAAGGAUGUUGCUGCAAAUAUUUAACCUGCUCCAUUUGUGACUCUUGCUCAUCCUUGGGGGUAUUCCUUGCACAGAGAGACCUUUUUAAUUGCUGCUACGUCUUCAUUUUCCCUUGGCCUUCCUUGUAUCUGCUAGGACUUUUGCAAAGCCCUUAAGCGAGUUUGAUGCAGGAAGAGCAUACCCGUUUCCAGCGCUGGAAGGUCCUGUGGCAAAGCUAACCUCGUCCUACUCAUCUUACCCCUUUCCCUGCUACAUACCUACGAAGACCGAGAAAUGUUGCUGAUUUCUUUUCCUUUUUAAAAAAAACUCAGUUCACUUUGAAUCGUUACAUGGGGCUAACCUGUUCAUGUGUGAAUUGAUCAUGUACGGUUUUGAAGCAAAUGACUUUUCUGUAAGUGAGCUAAUUGUCAUUUUGAGCUUACUCUUGAUAGAGUGAUUUUUUUUUAAACUGCGUGGAUGUCGCCAAGGGUAUGUAAAACACUGGUAAUUAAUUUAAAUGCAAAAAAGCCAUUUUACUCUAUUUCCCCCAUCCAUUGAGAAUACUCUUCAUCCUCAAGAAAUGAGGAUACCGAUACAAGGGGUGGGGUUUACCAGGGCUUAUUUAUUCUUUUGGCAUUUUGCUUGUAAAUAUUUAUUUUUAUGUAAAAAAUUACCCUCCUGUGUACAUAUGAGCCAGAAAAAACUAUUUAGGAUAAAUAGAUAUUUUAAGAGAUGUUACUGUGGAAGCAUUAUGACUGUAAAGGCAUUGUGGUGGUAGGCAGUGGAAAACCAAAGAGAAAAAGAAGGUGCAAUGACCCUGAGUGGAUUAUGCCUGUCACCUUUAAGGAUUAAUUUUGCCUUCUAGAGAAGAUUUGGGAGAACUGAGCCCUGGAGAGAACAGGCAUGUAGCUCUGUGUAUGCUUCUGUCGCUGCCAGAAUAUUUAUCAGACGUGUCGAAUACCUGUUACUAAGUAUUACUUGAAAAUUGUGAUGUUAAAGGUACGAGGGGCAUUGUUACUUGAUACAUUCAGUCAUUAUUCCCAUUCUCCAAUGAAAGCCUGCAGGCCGUUUCUUAUAACAGUUUUUGUAACUGUUAAAUGUGUGGCAAUGUAAUGUAGGAAGGGGGAUACUUGUGUCUUUUUUAAAGGCCUGGCCCAACUGCAGAAGCAACCUAAGCAGUCCGUUGGGCAACAAAAUGUUUCGGGUCAAUGAAGUAGCCACCAUGUACGAUCUAAGAUGUAAGAUCAUGCCCUCUUCACUGACCUCCUAUAUUUUGCAGGGCAGCAACUUUGGGUGAGGGAUAAAAUGUCUCAGGCUAGCCCUGGUGGCUUCUCAAACAGUUUUCUGAUCAGAUGCCUGUGUUCUGCUUUCCAUGUCACACUUUCAUGCCUUUAAAGAUCUCAGGAUGUACCCUGUUGUCUUUGAAAGGCACUGUGGUUAUUUUAAGUCACACGAGGAUUUUAACUUAACUUUCCUUGAAGCGGGUGGUAGUUUCUCUCUCUUUUUUUAAGAAGUCUGAAUACAGAAAGAGACAUGUGGUAUUAAGAAAGUGAAAGCAUACUAGUUUUCCUUGUAUUUUUGUAAUAAAUUAUUUUAUUAUUAGAAGAAAGCAUGUGGCAAUUUCUUGAUAGGAGAAUUUGUCACCAAGGCUGGAGACAAUGGAAUGUAAGAAUAGCGACCAAAGCAACUAAAACUUGAUACUUAAGAAGAAAAGUGUACAGUAUGCUCAUUGUAUCUGAAUAGCCAAGGGGAAAAAAUCUCAAAAUAUUUAUUAAAUCAGAAUGAAUGUGUAUAACCAGAAUUUCACCUAAUUUAGCUCUGGCUAACUGGAGUUCUACUGUAUACAUUAUCAGCAUUGUCAACAGGGUACAUUUUGUUAACGGGUUCAGAAAUGUGAAAUACUGUAAUAUACUGGCAACAUGUGUGUCAGUGUGUGUAUCAAUGCAUUCCACUGGAUGGAGAAAGAGAAUACUGUGUAUUAAUAGUUUUUUCCCCAUCCACACUCAGUGAAGGAAUCAAAAGGCAGCUUGAGUCUGAACCGUUGACUUAAAGUGGGCUGCAUAACUUCUGGCCCUCCACCUCCCAUUAUCCCUGACUACUGGCCACUGUGGCUGGGGAUGAUGGGCACUGUAGUCCAACAGCAGCUGGAGGCCAAAAUUGUGCAGCCCUGACUUAAACUGAUGUUAACAGCCAUUCCCCCUGUGGGAAACUAGGGAUCUCUAAUCGAGGCUAUGGCAGUUAACAUGGUAUAAAAGUAGUACGUUUUGAGUGUAAAUAGAUAGGCAGUGGUGGCUCGAGACCACUGUGUGCCUGAAGCAGAGUGCCAAAUGCUGUCCCCUUGCCCACCUCCCCAUUUUUUCCAAGCAGUGGUGACAGCAAUAGCAAUAGCUGUCACCACUGCUUGAUUUUGUGCACAUGCAAACAAAUGCUCACCUUCUCCUCCUGUAUAGUGGUGAUGGCCACUGCCAUGGCUCCUCUAGUUCCUCCCACAUACAUCGCUGGUUAUGAAAAGGGGGAGGAAGUAGAAGAGGACAUCUUCAGUACUCUACUGCCUUGUCUCAUUUCUCCUUCUGUUUUCUGCCCCUUUUCAUAACCAGUCUGUAACAAGGGAGGAAGUGGAGGAGGGUGCAGUGGUGGUGGUGGCAAUGGUGGUGGUGACAAGAAGAAGGAGAAUGUCUCUGCUGAGCAGUGGCUAUGCCAUCACUCAGCAAAGAGGUACUCUAACGGUGGAGUGUGUGUGUAUCCCACCAGUGUCUCAAUAGGCUGCUCCUUGAGCUGACCACCUCACGUUGCCUCAUAGAAGAUCACCCAUGUAAAUAGGGCUUGUGCUGCCAACCAGCUGUCUAGUUACACCCAACAAUGCUUUAUGUAAUGAGAUGAGCAGUAAAGAGAAACAAUAUGAUUAUCUGCAAUUGCCAGUUUGAGCUAGGAUCAUUGUACAGCUUAUCAGCCAGUAUGGUCUUCCCUUGAGGUCUGAGAACUUUCAUGCAUGUGCCUGGGAAGAUCUGGAGAGAGCAUCUUUUGUGAUCCUGGAGGGCUGAUGAUGAUCAUAGCCUGGUUUGACCUGGAUAAAUCACACUUGCAGAUUCACUGAGUGACCAGAAGCAAAAUGAGAUGGUUAUAAAAAUUGGCAAUUUCCACUGGUUAAUGUUUACAAUCCCAGUCCAAACUGACAAUGGCAUUCAUAUUCUAAUUGUUCAUCCCAUUUGAUAAAGCAUUGUUGGGGUAAAGAUAGGGUAGCUGGAGCAGAGUUCCUGCACUCAUGCAGAAGCACAAGAACUGCACUAAGCAGAGAGCUGGACAAGAAGACUUCCAAGAUCCCUCCCAACUCUAACAUUCUGUUAUGUUAUGAUAUACCUCCUGAAGUUGGGAUCUUCAGGGACUGGUGCUGCAAACCUCCUUGCCUCAUUAGUUGAUAAGAAAUUGGCAUGAUACAAAUCCUAUUUGAGCUCCCUUCUCUCCCCCCACCCCCUUACGACACUGAAUGCUUCAAAGAGGUGGUGGUAGGCAUUUCUCUUUUCUUUGGGGCUGCUAAGGUAGGGCUUUCUGCUCUUCCUCUGCAGGAGUCUAUUGCACAUGCCAUAAUACUUCCUGGUGAGAGAUAUUUCUGGUCUGAAAAAUGCUCUUUUUGCUUAACCUUUUCUCCCAAAGAUCUAGACUUUAUUCUUAGGGCUCAAUCCACUCUUGAUGCUUUAGUUCCAAAACACUUUUGGCUCACCUAGAGUUUACUCAUUUUCUCUCUCUGACAACUCAGUCUCUCCAGUCUUUGAUGGAUGAACAUCAAUAUCUACUGAAAGGCAAAAUCCUUUCUGUAUGAAUCAUUUCUGUAUGGGGGCAACAGCACAUCUUGCAUUCCACAUGUUGUGCAAAGCCUUGGAUUGAAACGUGUGUGUGUGUGUGAGACUCUACUUUUUGUUUUCUGUGUUGUAAAGAUUUCCAGUGGGUUUUAUAAGCCUUAUUAUUGUGAAUGUGCAAUAUUUUUUUAAAAUAAAAGUAUGGAUAGGAAUA